AUUACUGUGAGUAUCAAAUUGCGGCAAGCGUGAAGGAGGACGAACUUGCUAUCCAUCACUUGUGCUACACGAUUUGCCACCAGAAAACUGUGUUUGCUCGGGGAAAGCUUGCCGACAGGUCGCGCCAAAGAUCAUUGCAGUUCGAACAACUUCCACGUUGAUCUUGCGGAUAAGCCAUCACUGAACUUGGAGUGAAGUUGGCAUACGGAUCAUAUGUAUCCUCUACGUUGCGGAGCAUGGUGCGCAUGAGUCAAUAGGCGAGAAAGUGAGUCGUCUCUUCUAGAACAUUAUUCGCUGAUCUGAACGCCGCAGGCAUGUUCGUUGCGCCAACGCUUGCAUUCGUCACAGACAAGCGCAAUCACCACCCUCCUUUGUUCACUUUCGGAUUCUCUCUUACUCCUUCCUGCGUAUCCGCUCCACCAGCACAUACUCAACAAUCGUUACGGACCAUCUGCGCCAGUGAAGCGCCACACCAGAUCCAUCGAUACCGGUGUAACGAAGCAUCACACCAUCCAGCAGACAGCAUGGCCGAGUGUCACUUCUUCAGGCUUCCCGUGGAGCUCCGCUUCGCUAUCUAUGGCUUUGCAUACGGCACAGGACGCACCAUCGUACCGCGGAAGCUGAAGACGAUCCCGCGCAACACUACUGCUGUGAAGCAAGCGAUCGAGCACAAGGUCGGUCACAAUCAAGAGAUGAUUACUUUGGAGCAAGCUGACUCUUCACAGGAGAAGCCCAAAAAUGUUAAUGAGGUCCGCCUCGUUAGCAAACGGUUCCACGCGGAAGCAAUGCAGUGCCUGACUGAGAACAAUACCUUCAGGCUGGCCCGGCACUUAGGUAGCCUUGUUCUGGUCUCGCCGCAGUUCGCACAAGACAUCGGCUCUCUCUUCCUCGACUGGAACAAUCACCAUGCCAGAGACAGACUAGACCUGAAUCGUCUGUGUCCAAGACUACAAAGCCUGGAGAUCUUCGUGGAACUCGACCUCCUGGACGACAGCAAAUUCUCACGGUCUCCCGCGCUUCCCACGGACGAGGAUCUCCGCAGCUCAAGCAUGGUCGACGCGCUGUCCAUGGUCCGUGGCUUGAAGCACUUCAAGCUUCAUGAAUCGUCAGCAGGGCAUCCGCCUUACUGCAACAUUCUGUUUGCAGGAUGGGCUUUGGGAAACGCUGCGAGAGUGCUCGAGGGUCUCGAGAAAGUUCUUCUCGCUAUGGUCAUGAGGGAGAAGGAAGCCGCCGGAUGA